AUGAGUCUCAAUUGCUUGAAUUGCCGUAUGCUUAAAAGAACAAUUGAUUCAAACAAUAGUAGGGAUCAUUGUAGCAAGGCAAAACAUAGAAGGAAAAUUGGUUUUAAUGAUAGAGCUAGGUCGGAAAUAAGCCCAGCGGCUUACGAAAAACUCGCAAGGGAUGAUGAUUUGGUAAUGCCGACAAUCGGUCCAAAGAAGGGUCACCAUUGUCGGGCAAAUACAAUUGAUACAACGUAUAGAGCAAUGACGUUCGAGGCUGAUGGUAAGCCUAGGUUGGUGAGGAGCUCUGGGAUGAGGAGGGAUUGGAGCUUUGAGAAUUUGAGAGAUGAAAAGAUGAGAAAUGAGAUGAGAGUACAUUGA